AUGAGAGGAGAUAAUGAAAAUGUUUCUGUUUGUUUGUUCUGCCUUUAUGUUGUUUCUGUUACUAAGAUUUGGAAUGGAAGCGCAUACAAUCAAAACAAUUGUCUCGAUGUUGUUCUUUGUAUUAAGCACUGGUUUGUUUGCUUUUUUAUUUGUUACAGUUUACAGUUUUCAGUUUCUACUUUCAAAGGACAACAAGAUAUCACCAAUUUCCAUGUUGUAAAUACAUAUUUAAAUAUUGUUGAACUCAGCUGGGAUUCAUUUAUAAAUGCAACCCUAUAUCAAGUAUCUGGUUAUGAUUUGAAAACAUAUACCGUAGUUAAUUCAACAACAAAUGCUACUACAGUUAAAAAUUUAAAGAUGAAUACAGACUAUUAUUUUAAAGUGAAUGUUCUCGAGCUUAAUAAUCUAACAAUUAAUAAAAUCAUGAUUUCAUCAAGAUUGAUAUUGGUAAAUGCUAAAACCAACAUGUUCUCAGAUAAAAUCAACUUUACUGCAACUAAUGCUACGUAUAACAGUAUUUUAUUGAAUUGGUAUCCAUUCAAAGCUGUAAUUUUAUAUAAAGUUGAAUAUAGCAUUAAUGGUUCAGUUAAUGAAACACAAAAUGUGAUGACAUCAAACUCAUCUAUAGAGCUUACAAAUCUUAUAUCCAAUAAAACCUAUAGAAUGAAGUUGUUUGUAGUUGCUAUCAAUGGCAUCAUUUCUGAAGACCAGUUACAGAGCAAUGAUUUAUUAUACUCUACUUUAAAAGAAAAAGGUGCGAAAGAGUUAAAUCUAUGA